AAACAACAAAGAUCGAAAAACACGCCGAAAAAGGAACGCCGGAGAGAACUGAGCCGAGGAAAAACAGAAGGCUAGAAGAGGCGGCGGGGGCAGCGACUUCGCGGCGGCUCUAGCUCUUCCCGACCGGUCAGACCACAGCCGUUGGAGCCCCGGAACGGCCUCUUAUCAGCCUCACGGCUGCCGGGGCGGCCCAGGCCAUGUCCCAGUCCUGCUGCAGCUGAACUUCGGAUGCUUAUUCAUACCGCAGGCUAAAAUGACUUCCAGUUGAUAUUUAUUUGGACCAUCAGACGGACUUUGCUUGGGUGGUUGUGACAAGCUUUUGGCUCAGAUGGGUAAGGCAGGAGAUCCUCAGGAUGAAGGGAUGCUUAAAUCUUGGUCAACGAAAAAGAGAGGUACGAGAACUGCAAGUGAGACUACAGAUUUGAAAAGGAAAAAGACCACCGCACAUAAUCCUCCUACCAAGAGUUCUGAGAGUGCCUCACCUCAGGCUCAGACUAUGGAGCAGACCCCUUCAAGGGGCACACCUUCUCCAUCUUCUUCCAACCUUCAGACACCUAUGGGCUCGCCCUUCGAGAGUUUGACAUUUUGGGAGAAUCAUGCUUUCUGCAAACCACAGGAUGACCAAGCAAUGCUCAAUGGGCUUAUGUUCGACAAACUCUUUGCGGAGGGCACUCAGUGCCAAAUGAAGGCACUCAGAUAUUCCAACAUUCAACAGGUGCUAGUCAAGCGACUCAUGUUUGAGCUUGAAGGUGCUCGGUCUGAGCUUUCUCAGCUUUGUUCCCAACAGGACAACCCCACCACAGCUCAGAAGCAAUUGGAAGAACGCUUGGCUGAGAGAGAGAGAAGACUGAAGGAAGAGGAAGAAGCUCAUCAGAAAGUAGAGGAAGAACUCUUGAACACUUUGGAGUUGCUGAAGGAGGAGAGGAAUCACGCCCAGAAGGCUGUGGCUGACAGUGAGAGAAGACUGAAGGGAGAGCAAGAAGCUCGUCACAAAGAGAAGGGAGAACUUUUGAACACUUUGGAGUCGUUGAAGGAGGAAAGGAGUCACGCCCAGGAGGCUAUGGCUGAGGGUGAGAGAAGACUGAAGGAAGAGGAAGAAGCUCGUUGUAACGAGAACGACCAGUUCCAGAAAGAGAAGGGAAAACUCUUGAACACAUUGGUUUCGCUGGAGGAGGAGAGAAAUCAUGCCCAGGAAGCUCUAGGUGAGACUGAGAGGAGACUAAAGGAAGAGGAAGAAGCUCGUCGUAACGAGAAGGACCAGUUCCAGAAAGAGAAGGAAGAACUCUUGAAUGCUUUGAAUUUGCUGAAGGAGGAGAGAAAUCAUGCCCAGGAAGUUGUGGCUGAGAGUGAGAGAAGACUAAAGGAAGAGAAAGAUGCUCUCCGUAACGACAAGGACAAAUUCGAGAAAGAGAAGGAAGAGCUCUUGGAUGCUUUGCUCUCAGACGUCUUGAAUUCACUGAAGAAGGAUAGAAAUCAUGCCCAGGAAGCAGUAGCUGAGAGUGAGAGAAGACUGAGGGAAGAGGAAGAAGCUCGUUGCAAGGAGAAGUACCAGUUCCUGAAAGAGAAGGAAGAACUCUUGAAUGCUUUGGAGUCACUGAAGGCAGAGAGGAACCAUGACAGGGAGGCUGUGACUGAUACUGGGAGGAGAGUGAAGGAAGAGGAAGAAGCUCGUCGUAACGAGAAGGACCGAUUCCAGAAAGAGAAGGAAGAACUCUUGAAUGCUUUGGAUUCGCUGAAGGAGGAGAAGAAUCGCGCCCAGGAGGCUGUGGCUGAGAGAGAGAGGAGACUGAAGGAAGAGGAAGAAGCUCGUUGUAUCGAGAAGCACCGGUUUCAAAAAGAGAAGGAAGAACUCUUCAAUGCUUUGGAGUUGCUGAAGGAGGAGAAAAAUCACGCCCAGGAUGCUGUGGUUGAGACAGAGAGAAGACUGAAGGUAGAGGAAGAAGCUCGUUGUAAUGAGAAGCACCGGUUUCAGAAAGAGAAGGAAGGACUCUUGAACGCUUUGGAGUCGCUGAAGGAGGAGAAGAAUCACGCCCAGGAGACUCUGGUUGAGACACAGAGGAGACUGAAGGAAGAGGAAGAAGCUCGUUGUAAUGAGAAGCACCGGUUUCAGAAAGAGAAGGAAGGACUCUUGAACGCUUUGGAGUCGCUGAAGGAGGAGGAGAAGAAUCACGCCCGGGAGACUCUGGUUGAGACACAGAGGAGACUGAAGGAAGAGGAAGAAGCUCGUUGUAAUGAGAAGCACCGGUUUCAAAAAGAGAAGGAAGAACUCUUGAAUGCUUUGAAGUUGCUGAAGGAGGAGAGGAAUCAUGCCCAAGAGGCUGUGGCUGAGGCUAAAGCAAAGGCCGUAGCCGAAUACAAGGCUGGCGAAGCAUACGAAGCCGACCUUCGUGCCUGCUACUUAGCCACAGUCGAUUUUGUCUUCAUGCGGGUGUGGAAAAGCCUAGAGGCGGCAUUCCCUAAUUCUAAAGAUGAACUUGGUGUAUGUCCCGUUGAGGCAUACAAAGCCGUCAUGAAGAAGUGUCAGGCCUCCACCGCGAAGCAGCAGCGCCGGGCCUCGUCUUCAUUGAAACCUCCUGCUAGUGGUUGAUCCCUCAAAAGAAUGGAAGAGAGAGAGAGAGCAAAGAAAAGGGAGGACCCCAUCGUAAAUAUUAAUACUAAGAGAAGAAAAUGUCGUUCGCCACUUUGUAAACUAAAUAGUUACGCCCCAUACUUUUUCGGCUUUGCUAUCCGAUCACCUAAACUUUCUUAAGGCUUCUAUGCUACCUAAAGAGUUUCCGAAGAUGUGAAAUGAAAAGAAAAAAGGAAUUAGAAGCACGA